GAGGGAGCUUUCUUGAUCUUGAAGGACCAGGUUAUAAAUUUAAAUAAUAAAAAAUAUAUGGGUUAGUUCACAGAUAAAGCAGAAUAACGGUUGAGAGGAAUUUGAAAAAAGUUUAGAAUUUCUUAUUACAAGAAAGCACCAACGGCGCGUCAUGGUGGAGGAGAUCUGCAAUGUGUCAUCGCUGCGUCGUCUUCUCCGGCAAGUUCUGCCGCUUGUUCUGCUUUUACUCCGGCGGAUGUGAAGCACUCGGAGCACAGUUUGGGCGUGGACUCAGUGCCGCUGGCUGAGGAGAUCUUAGAGAAGAGCAAAAUAGAGAGAUUCAAAGAGGAGAGAGAGCUCGCCUCGCCGUCGCCACCGCAGUUCAUCACCUCUCCAGAUCUGGUCGCAACGCCCAAGCCUCUGAGGAUGUUCCAUUACGACCUCCUCGACGAGACGCAGAACAAACUCGAUUACAUCCUCUCUCUCUCUUUCACUGUCGAGAACUUCCUCGAGUGCUGCCUCCAUAUUCUCGUCUUCAAGUCCGGCAUGGCCAAGUCCAUCUAUCAGUGCAUAUUAGCUUGGUUCAAAUGAUUGUAGAUGAAGGAUGAUUUCAAGAAGUGACACAAAUUUUACUCUGAGCAGCAUUUUCACAGGCCACAAAGGAGGUUCAUUGAGCUGGAGGCUCUGGAGAAAAUCAUAUGGAAAAGAAUAGGUUUGUUAUUUGCUUUAGACACCUAAAUUAAAGCAAUAUAGUUUUACUAAAGAUACUGAAUUAGACAUGCUUUGGACAUCUCACAUGUUUAUUCAGAUUGAGAAUUGCUAGUGAAAAUGAAAUCAGUAAACCUUGUCCCUAACCUGAUUUAUUCAGAUUAGAGCAUUCAUUCAAGUAUUGUGUGUUGUGUUUUGAUUCUUCCAUAUUCAAUAACUUCUCUGAUUUGAACUUGGUAAUUGUGAAAAAGGGUGACAAUGAUUUAUCAGGCCUGAUAAACAUUGAAAAGGGUUACGAUUCUCGAACAGUGGGUUCAGGAUGGCAGAACUCUUAGCUACGAACUCUUGAUCUAGUUGUAAAAUGCGAUUCAAAUGUUAUAAGAUAGUAAGACACUAUGUUUUUCUGGAUUGAGUUUUGGGAUCUUUGUGAAAAUGAACCGUGUUUGCAGGUAUCAUUUUGGAUAUCUGAGAAAGGAUACUCUACCCAUUAUGCAACUUGAAGAGAACACACAAGGCUUGAACUGGCCUAGUUCUUUCGAGCAACAAAGACAGAAAACAGGAGACCUAGACUUGCUUGAUUGGCUUAAAGCCAUGUUUGGUUUCCAGAGGGACAACGUCAGGAAUCAGAGAGAGCAUUUGAUUAUGCUUCUUGCUAAUUCUCAUAUAAGGCUACACCCUAAACCUGAGCCUCUAAACAUGCUUGAUGAUCGUGCUUUUGAUGAAGUGAUGAAAAAGCUUUUUAAGAAUUAUAAAAAAUGGUGCAAAUUCUUGGGACGAAAACAUAGUUUACGAUGAGGCAUAACAGUAUAUGCAUCAGUGAACACUUGUGCUUCUAUUAUUAGCUCAAAAAAUUUAAUGGUCACUUUUAUAAUGUUCUCUUAUAUAGACUUCCUCAAGGUCAGCAAGAGGUGCAACAGAAAAAGUUGCUUUACAUAUUUCACAACGUGAGUGUACAAAUUAAUCUGCGCAUGGUUCAUUUUGUUUGUGCUUGAAUCUCAUGUAAAUGUGCUAUAUUCUUGCUUGGAUAUAUUCCACAAAAAAUUUUUUUCGAUGGCUGUUCAAUGUAUGAAAGAGGCAGUUUCUAUCUGUGAAGUGGGGUGUAAGUGGAGGCUACUACUGGAAUCCUUAGCUGCCAUUUUUUGUGUACUUAAAAUUUAAUGGAGAUAUGGAGGAGACAGAGGAUUUGAUAAGGUUACUCAGCAGCAAGAAUAUUGUCUCCCUGGAUCAAAUGUGCCUGCAAUUGACGUGCUAGGAGGCGAUUCACAUAAACAAAUUGGUGAAAUUUCAGAGCCAGAGGAAGAUGGGAACACAAACAACCCUGACUUCAAGCCCGAAGGUGUUGGGGUGUUCGAGGUCAUCUCAAUUGAGCUAGUCACAAUAUUGCAGGUCCGAUGUCACGACGAAGCUUGGAGCUGAUCAAUCUUGCUAUUUUUUUAUUAAUCAGACUAGUAUUUUGUGGAUUAUGUUGGUAUAUAAAUUUUUAGGAAUUCCGUUACCUGAUGUACUCAUUCUGUUCAAACAAGACACUAUGAUUUUUGAUGCACUAUUACUAUAUUAAGGGUGAGUUUGGCAAA